ACAAGAACAAACUUCAUUAGUAAGUCUUGUGUAGGUGUUACAACAAUGGCAAGGACUGUGGAGCCUCUCAUAGUUGGGAGAGUUAUUGGAGAAGUCCUAGACUGUUUCAACCCAAGUGUGAAGUUGAAUGUGAUUUACAAUGCCAACAAACAGGUCUGUAAUGGCCAUGAGUUUUAUCCUUCUGCAGUGGUAGCCAAACCAAGAGUUGAAGUCCAAGGGGGUGAUAUGAGGUCCUUCUUCACAUUGAUCAUGACAGACCCGGAUGUUCCUGGCCCCAGUGAUCCAUACCUGAGGGAGCACCUACACUGGAUUGUGAGUAAUAUCCCUGGCACCACUGAUGCAUCUUUUGCAGGGAAGGAGGUGGUGAGCUAUGAGAACCCAAGGCCAAACAUAGGAAUUCACAGGUAUGUGUUUGUGCUUUUCAAGCAGAUGAAAAGGCAAACAUUGAUAACACCAGAAUCCAGGGAUAACUUCAACACUCGCCGUUUUGCGGAGGAGAAUGAGCUUGGCCUUCCCGUCGCCGCCGUGUACUUCAAUGCACAGCGUGAGACGGCGGCCAGGAGACGUUGAUCAGUUUGAUCACUUUUAACUGAAAGAAAUUAAGCUAGAGUAAGUUUGGUGUAGUAUGUUAUGUUAUGUUAUGGAUCAAAGGUAUGAAUGAUGAAUUGAAGGAUAAAAAAAAAAAAAUAAAAAGGGAGUGGGAAUGGUACUUGAAUAAAAUGUUAAUGUUUUAGAUUGAUGUUUGUCUUAUCAAUGUCAAACAAACUGUGGAGUUUGAAGGAAAAGGCAAUGACGUGUCGGUUAGGAGGAGCUAAGAAAGGUACAAGACCAAUGGGGGGGUUCUGGUUAUGCAUGCCUUGUUGUCAUUUGUCUGUCAGCGUUCGCUUGUAUUGGUUUUCAUUUGUACUUUUUUUUUUUUUUGGCUAU